UCUGAGUUUAAGGUAAUAAUAAUAGAAUGUCUUGGAUCAACUUUGUUAGCAAUUUUUUAGCUUUGUUUGCCUUGGUUUGUUCUGAUGCAAAGCUGGAGGACAUUGAUAAGGAUGGAUACAUCUUGUAUUGUCCCUGUAUGGGUCGUUUUGGAAAUCAGGCGGACCAAUUUAUUGGGGCCCUUGCAUUUGCGAAAGGCUUGGAUCGUACAUUAGUGCUACCACCUUGGAUUACAUAUCCUUCUGAUCAACCCUUUAAUUCUGGAAAACAAUUUUUUCAGUUGCAAAUAGCUUUUGAAGAUUGGUUUCAAGUCGAACCACUGAAGAAAUACUACCCAAAAGUAAUGACAAUGGAUCAUUUUAUGUCUGAAUUAGCAUCACGUGUUUGGCCAGCUGGUAGAAGAAAAGGCUUUUGUUACCGAUUUGGUGAAGAUAAGAAAACUUGUUCAAUGAAAAAUGGCAAUCCAUUUGGACCAUUUUGGGAUCAUUUUGGGGUUAACUUUGAUGGAUACAUAGAACAUUCUGGUUUACUCUGGGACACUCUAGAUGACGAAGAGACAAAAAAUGGCUGGCUUGCCAGAUUUCCCGCAUCAGAGUAUCCAGUGAUCGCAUUUCAGGGAGCACCUGGCUCCUUUCCAUCCACACCUGCUACACAGCAUAUCCAAAAGUAUAUUGAAUUCUCACAGAAAAUAUCACUUCUGGCGGAUGAAUUUAUUAGAGAGGAAAUGAAAGGAAAGAGAUUUGUAGCUAUUCAUUUACGGAAUGGUAUUGAUUUGACACGUGUGUGUGAUGAAUUGGACAGGUACUCUUCGUUAUUUGCUUCUGCACAAUGCACCAAACAUGCAAAGGAAAAUGGCGUCACCAAAUUGAUGUGUAAUCCCACAAAAGCAGAAAUUUUAAAGCGAGUCAAACAAUAUGUAAGACUUACUAAUGCAGAAGCUGUGUUUGUGGCCACAGAUAAUGAUGCCAUGAUGGAUACAUUUAGGAAAGAAUUGAAACGAAUGAAGGUUACUAUUCAUAAACGCAAACCUAAAAAUGAAGUUAGUGAUCCAAUAGUUGACAUUGCUCUGUUGUCGAAAGCUGACUUUUUUAUUGGAAAUUGUGUAUCAACAUUUUCUGCGUUUGUAAGAAGGCAUAGAGAGACCAGAAAUCUACCAGUCGGAUUUUUUGGUAUUGAAUAUCCCCAGAAAAUAAAACAUGAUGACCUUUGAGUUAAUAUGGAGAAGAGAUUGAAAACAAAAGAGAAAAACUAUUUAGGAUGGAAAGAUUUUUAUACAUGUGAAUAUCUAAGUCGUGCAUCAUAUUUUAUGUUCAAGAAAUCCAUUGCAUUAUAGGAAGUUGCUUAGCUGACAAACAGUCUUGUGAAUUGGCAUUGACAGUGACCAUAUAAACAAUGGCAACACCUUUUCAUUUUUGAGUACAUUAAUAAAAGACAGCAAUUAAAAUUUGCACCAUAUGCUGUCGAUGUCUAAUCAAUGAUGUGGUAUUAUUUAAUUUCGAUUUUAAUAUUUAUAUUGUUAUGUCAGUUGCUUGUGAUUAUGA